UUUUCUCUGCUCUCCUGAUGGCCGGUACAUGACACACACCGCUCAGGGACUGCACACUACACACACACACACACACACACACACACACUCACACACAGUCCUCCGCGCGCAGUAAUCCGCUCCUUCUCUUUCAUCUCUUUAUUCCUCUGCGCUACUUUGGAUCCUUUUUUUUUUUUUUUUUUUUUUUUUUUUGCGCGCGUUGUGUGUGUGUGUGUGUGUGUGUGUGUGUAUGCGUGUGUGAGUGUGUGUGAGUGUGUUUCAGCUCGAGGAUUAGUGUAUUUCUGAAGGGAAGCUCGUGCAGCGGUCAUGGCCAGGAUCCGGUGGAACUUUACACCUUCUUCAUUGUCUUUAUCAUCAUCAUUAUUCUUCUUCUUAUUAUUAUUAUUAUUACUAUCAUCAUCAUCAUCAUCAUCACCUUCAUCACACUCACUUUUAUUACCGUCGCUAUUAUUACUGUUGUCGCCGUCGCGCGCGCUCCAGGUGGACCAGGUGCGCGUGAGCUCCCUGUCCACGUACAAUGUUGAGCUCGUGGGCGUCAGCGGUCCGGUCCGGACACGCAGGACGGGCACGAGUACGGGCACGGGCACGAGCGGACUGACCCAUCACAUCAAACUCUCCGGGGUGAAUGUCUGUGGAGGGCAGUGCUGUAUCGGAUGGAGCCAGGCACCUGGAUCUCAGCGCUGCACAAAGCCCAACUGUCUUCCCAAAUGCCAGAAUGGUGGCAUGUGUCUCAGGCCUCAGAUGUGUGUGUGUAAACCUGGUUCCAAAGGGAAACUCUGUGAGCAGACCACACUUCCUGCUUCCUCUCAUCCGUCCGGUCCAGUGAACGGUCACGGUAACGGACACACCCUCAUCCCACAGCGUCCCAUUCCCCAGCAGGUUUACCCACAAGGCCCUGCUGCAUAUCCCCUAUCCAGCAGCAACCUGGCUCACAUGACCCUCACCAUGAAGGCGGCGCCUAACAGCCAACAGCCAAUCCCCUUUCAGCAACAUGUACAGCAUCCUGUCUCCAUAAACAUGCAACAUGGAAAAAGCCAGAAGUUUGUGAUCAAGCCGAAGUUUUAUCCCCCACACAACACACACACUCAGGUGCAUGGGGUAGGAUACACACCUGAGCGCAGCAUCCCUUUGAGCACUGGACACCACCCACUACACGCAGUGGCCAACCACACGGGCCGGAUCAAACUCGUUUUCACUCCCACCAUCUGCAAACUGACGUGUAGCGGUGGACGCUGCCACAACACCUGUGAGAAAGGAAACACCACCACCAUCAUCAGCGAGAACGGGCGUGCCACUGACACGCUCACCGCCCCCAACUUCCGAGUCGUGGUGUGUCACCUGCCCUGUAUGAAUGGAGGGAAGUGUAAUGCGAGAGAUAAAUGCCAGUGUCCACCAAACUUCACCGGAAAGUUUUGCCAGAUGUCCACACAAAGCGGAGCAAACACCAACAUCCACACCACACACACACUCCCACUGAGCUACAGCCACGGCCAGGGUGUGGUGAAUAUUCAUGUAAAUCACCCCCCUGAGGCAUCGGUUCAGAUCCAUCAGGUGUCUCAGGUGGAAAGCAGCAGCAGUUCAGUGCAGAAAUUCCAGAAGCACAGCUCAUAUUCCAACCAGCAGAGCUUCCUGCAGUACCAACCUGUCACCUCGAAGAGCCAGCUCGGGCGCUGCUUUCAGGAAACCACCGGCACGCAGUGUGGGAAAGCCCUCCCUGGCCUUUCUAAGCAGGAUGACUGCUGUGGGACGAUCGGCACGUCCUGGGGAUUCCACAAAUGCCAAAAGUGUCCAAGGAAACAGUCGAUUCCUCUGCUCGAGUGUCCACACGGGUAUAAGAGGUUCAACAGUACACGCUGCAUCGAUGUAAAUGAGUGCCAGUUACCUGGUGUGUGUCCUAAUGGGAACUGCAUUAAUACACCCGGGAGCUACAGGUGUUUAUGCCAACCUGGAUUCAUCCCGGACUCCACCCUCACCACCUGCUACCCUGAAGCCCCGCCCCCUGUGCGUGAGGAGGAGAAGGGGGCGUGUUUCCGUGUGUUUGGUGGCGGUCGUCAGUGUUUACACCCCGUCUCCACUGAGCUGAGCAAACAGCUGUGCUGCUGCAGUGUGGGGAAAGCGUGGGGGGGGAAGUGUGAGCGCUGUCCAUUACCUGGGACAGCUGCGUUCAAAGAGAUUUGUCCUGGCGGUUUGGGUUAUCAUGUGACCAAUCCGUACGUCUAUAAACCCAAACCUCCUCCUCUUCCUCACCCUGUGAACCCGGAAGUGUAUGAACAUCCUGUGAUCACACAGCCCAGACCCACUGUAGCCAUCUCGCCGCUGCCCGUCCCCACCGCCCAGCAACCGGUCGAGGCUUUCGGCUUUACUGAGAGACACCUUCCUUUCCGAGUGGUGGUGGAGAAAACAUCACCUGCUGCUCCAGUCGUCCUCUUACCCUCCAGCGCUAGUCAGGACAUUUACUCAACUCAGAUUGCAGAAGUGGAUGAGUGUGUGAUUAGUCCUGAUAUUUGUGGUCAGGGGUUUUGCUACGAUACGGCUGAGAGCUACAACUGCAUCUGUGAUGAAGGCUACGAGCUGAAUCCUGAGGCCACAACGUGUGUAGAUGUUGAUGAGUGUGUGGAUGAUCCUCACCUGUGUGUUAACGGCCGCUGUAAGAACACACCUGGUGCUUUCACCUGUGUGUGUAAACCGGGCUUUAAUCUGGAUCAAGCAGGAACCACCUGCAUCGAUGUAAAUGAGUGUGAAGCUCCGUACGUGUGUCCUGAGAACAGCGAGUGUGUGAACACAGUUGGUUCAUACACGUGUCAUCAGUGCAGCAGAGGAUACACACUGGGUCAGAGUGGGAAGUGUAAAGAUGUUGAUGAGUGUGUGGAUGAUCCUCACCUGUGUGUUAACGGCCGCUGUAAGAACACACCUGGUGCUUUCACCUGUGUGUGUAAACCGGGCUUUAAUCUGGAUCAAGCAGGAACCACCUGCAUCGAUGUAGAUGAGUGUCAGAAUGGGAGUGUGUGUCCGUCUGGUCUGUGUUAUAACACACUCGGCUCGUACAUGUGCAGCUCAUGUCCUGAAGGCUUCCAGGGCAAAGAUGGCAAGUGUGUGGAUAUAGAUGAGUGUGUGGACGGAUCCGUGUGUGUUCAUGGUCAGUGCUCCAAUCGUGAAGGUUUCUUUAUCUGUACGUGUGAUGACGGUUUUACUCCGACUCCAGACCGCAAAGCUUGCACAGACAUUGAUGAGUGCCAGGAUGAGAGUGUGUGUACAAGGGGUCACUGUGAGAACACAGAGGGAGCGUUCAUCUGUCACUGUGAGAGCGGAUUUACUCUCUCUGAGUCCGGAGAGCAGUGUGAUGAUGUGGAUGAGUGUCAGGAGCUGACAGAGUUGUGUGAUGGCGUCGGUCAGUGUGUUAAUAACAUUGGAUCCUACCACUGUAACUGCCCCCCUGGGUACAGACAGGUCAACGGCACUCGCUGUCAAGACAUAGACGAGUGUGAAGAAGAGACUCUGAAGCCGCACAGUGUGGAGUGUGUGAACACAGAGGGUUCGUUUUACUUCGUCUGUGAGCACGGAUACGCCUGGACACAGGAUCCACCCGCGUGUGAGGAUGUAGAUGAGUGUGCUGUGAACAGGAGUGUGUGUCAGAACGGUGUGUGUCAGAACACUGUGGGGUCGUUUAUAUGUCUGUGUGAACUGGGAUACGAAGACAAACACAACGGUCACGGCUGUGAGGACAUGAACGAGUGUGAGCUCCUGAGUGAUGUGUGUGGUGAAGCGGUGUGUGAGAACGUCCCUGGAUCUUUUGUGUGUGUGUGUCCUGAAGAGGGCUUCGAGUUCAACCAGAUGACGGCGAAGUGUUUACCUGCACCGAAAGCCUCGUCGACGGAGAGAAAAGUGUGUUACUACAAUCUGAGCGAUGAGAAUCUGUGUGAUAAUGUUUUGGCGAGCAGCGUGACGAUUGAGGAGUGCUGCUGUACACUGGGAGCAGGAUGGGGUGAUAACUGCGAGGUGUUCCCCUGUCCAGUUCAAGGCUCAGAUCAGUAUGCUCAGAUGUGUCCGGCUGGACGAGGUAUUCCCAGCAGUGACAACACCUCACCUGUUACUUACAAAGAUGCUGAUGAAUGUAAAAUCUUUUCGGAGGAGAUCUGUAAAGGCGGGUUUUGUCAGGACACACCAGGAUCAUUCGAGUGUUACUGUAAAGCUGGACUCUACUACGAUGAGGCCAGACUGCAGUGUGUAGACACAGACGAGUGUACAGAUGAGUUGAAGUGUGUGAAUGGUCAGUGUAUAAAUAAUCACGGCUCGUAUCAGUGUUUCUGUACGCCGCCCCUGGAGCUCGACUCAUCACACAACCGCUGUAUUGUCCCCGAGGCAGCAGAGCCCAGUGAGCAGCAGGGUGUGUAUCAGGACAUCUGUUGGCAGAGUGUGUCUUCUUCACUCACCUGCUCCAACAUCCUGAAAAACAAAGACACCACUUACACUGAGUGCUGCUGUCUGUACGGAGAGGGCUGGGGCAUGCAGUGUGCACUGUGUCCUCCAAAACACUCCGAGGAUUACGCCAUCAUGUGUAAUAUCCGAGGUUCUGGGUCGGUCAGAAGGCCGUACGGUCAGGACGCUCUGGUCGCGGGACCGGUUCAUGAGUACGAGGUCAGCCCGGAGUACGACCCACGACCUCUGAACCCUAACCCAAGCUUUUACGAAGAUUACGACGAGUCGAACGUGGGCAGGUACGAGGCAUUUGAGGGACUGAGAGCAGAGGAGUGUGGAGUGUUAAACGGCUGUGAGAACGGACGGUGUGUGAGAGUGCAGAAAGGAUACACAUGCGACUGUUUUGAUGGAUACACACUCGACAUGUCCCGAAUGGCCUGUGUCGAUGUAAAUGAGUGCUCUGAGCUCAACAAGAGAAUGUCGCUGUGCAGAAACGGGAAAUGCAUCAACACACCGGGUUCCUAUAAAUGCCAGUGUUUGCCGGGAUUCACUCCGUCAGAGAGACCCAACUACUGCGUUCCCAUCAUGCCAAGCUCUAACACAGGCAUCGAGUGACCACCAGGGAACGCCACCAUCUCAUUCUUUCUCUCUCUCAAACACACACACACACACACACACACACACACACACUUUCUAAUUUCUUAUUUAAUCAUAGCCCAUAUAACCUGCACUGUAUUAUCACACACACACACACACACACAAAAACACAACUCUACUUGGGAUGAAGAUACACACUUCUGAUAUUAUUGAGAGAGUACAGAACUGUAUAAAAUUGUUUAUUGUUUUAUAUAUAUUUUUUUCAAUUAUUAAUUUAGAAGGAAUUUUGUUGCUUUUUUUUUUAAAGACAAACCCUGAACUGAACCCUGGGGGAUAAAACGUCCUUCUUUACUCUCUUUAUUUUAUAUAAAAUUAUAAAAUUAUAUUUCAUAGUUUUAUUUUACUCCUUUAUCUUUGUGUUUUUUCUCUUGUUACCCACAAUCCUUUGCUUUAUUUGGAUUUAUGAUUCCACCAAUACAAAAAGUGUUGUAAUGUAACGUUUAUAUCUUUAAAACAAAUUUACAAUGAUUUUAUCUCUUCAGCGCCACUGCACAGAAACUUCUCACAACCUGAUCUGAGUUUAAAUUUGGUCAUUUUUAUUUUCAUUUUUGCUUUUGUUUAAAUUUGUUUGUUUUAAUUUGUUGUAUUUUUAUUUUUGUUUUUUUUUUGUUUUUUUAUGUUAUUUUGGGUUUUUGAUGUUUUGUUUGUUAAAACGUUUGUUUUAUGGUCUUUGUUGUUUGGAAUGUUUUUUUUUUUUCUUAUUUGUGGCCUUAAAAAAGUCUUUUUGGAAGUGUCCUUCUUUCGUUAAGAGAACUUUAAAGGUUCUACAAUGAAGGUCUUCCAAAUUCAACCAUUUCUUAAUUUAGCAAAUUAUUACAUCUUAAUUGCACUAAAUCUUUAAUUAAUAUAGAACCAGUUUCAGGUUCUGAGGCAGAACCACUUUGGAAACAUACCCACAUUUAAUUAUUACAAAGAACCUGCACCCGAGUGUUUCUCAGAAAUGGUUCUAGAGUGAGAACUCUACAUUUUCCAUUGAAUCUUCAAAGGUUCCAAAUAGACCUUAGUGAAUGCUAAGAAACCUUAGUUAUAAACUAAACCCUCAAAUAAUAGAGAACCCAAGUUCUAGGCUUUUCAAAUAAAACCUUAAAAAAAACGAUUUUUUAAAGAAUCUGCAGAUAUAAAAGCUCUUUACCAGAGUGUUUUAGACAAAUUUCACAGAAAGUUCCAAGUUGAGCCCAUUUUAGGAACAGCACACAUUAAAUACUCUUAAAGAACAUAGAACCCUACAACUGAGUAUUUAUCAGAAAAUGUUCUAAGUUGAACCAUGAUUUGGAAAAUAAGUUCAUUAAUCUUUUUCGUAGAGUUUUUUUUUAAGAACGUUCAUUAAACAAUUUAAGGUUCUACUUGGAGUGUUGUUGGGUUCUACUUUUUUCUUGAGUUCCUUGUAAGAGUACAAUGUAAUAAGUAAAGGUCCUCUGCUUUCUGAAGCGUUCUACUAUUUAAUAAUUAUUAAGAACUGGGUUCUACCUGUAACCUUGUAAAAUUGUUCUCAUUGGACCCAAAGUCUCAAAUGCAGGAUUUUGGGUCUAUUAAGGGGGUAUAAAAAUAAUGGUUCUUUCUAAAACAGUUCCACUAAGGGUUUCCGCUGUAGAGCUCUGUGUUAUUUAAGGGUACCUUGGAUAAUUAGAAUGGUUCCACAGUGGGUUCUACUUGGAACUCUUGUCUAAUUAACACUCAGUACGGUUCUAUAAAAGGUUCCUUAUAGGUUCCCUCAGAAGAAAGAACUAAAUAACCUGUUACACUUCUAGAUUUUUAAGAAGUCCAACUUGCUUCCUCGUGAUUAGGAAAAAGAAUGCUAAUCAGGUUUAGAAGCAGCUUUGUUAGCGACUAGCCCUUGUGAUGACCCUGAGAGAAGAUGAUGCAGUGCAUUGUGGGUAAAAAAGCGUUAUUAGAAACAAAUUGAAUGAAUUAAUCGUUUUUUGGCGUUAUUUUUGACAUUUCUUAAUGUCCAAAACAUCAAACAACAAUACAUUUUUGUUUGUAUGGAUUUCCUGUGUUCUGUGUCAUUCUAUAUUUAGCCGCUAUUUCGAUUUUUAACUGGAAAACCAACCAGGAUGCGAAAGUUCUGUUUUUUUCCUAGCUCAGCGGUUUAAUGUCAUGUUUACGUUAGCUGGGGGAAAGCGCUAACUCCGUCACUUUCACUACUUUGAUCAUUUAGCAUUAGGACAGAUAGCUAAUAGCUUUGUACUUGCCAAAUAAUUGCUAGCUGGCUAGUGCUACACUGACACAGUAUCUGAAUACAGUUUCACUAAAUCAUCGAGUAUUUAAAUAGCUAGUAUCUCUUUAUUACAUGGAAUAAAUACGAACACUAACAUGUAACACAGCAGCACUCCAGCAAUUAGCUUAAAUUAGCUACUUCUGUAUUGAAUGGUAACACAUUUAACUAGUACUAAUCAUAUUAAGUGAGUAACUUAAGCUAGUAAAGUAACAUUAGAAUCCACUAGUAGUAAAUUAGGAGCUAUUAAAAAUAAGUAGCAAUGCUCUCCUGCAGUUACUUUAAUUAGCUAACUACAGUAAGCUUGUAUAUUAGUACAAUAGUGAUCAAGCAUCCUAGUAACAAGCAUCUUAAAAAAUUAGCUAGCUAUAAUAAACUUGCUAACUAUAGUUUUUUAGUUAAUAAGUAAGCAAUAAUUAUAGCAAUUAGCUAGCCGUGCUAAUCCUGUAAAUAAGAUAGCUAUAGUAAAUUUGUAAAUUAGAUAUCUGAGAGAGUAAAUCAUGGUAUCCCAGUAAGCUAGCUAUAGUAAAUUAGCAGCUUAGCUAGCUGUAGCAAAUUAUCAAGUUAUAGUAAAUGUAGUUAACUAUAGUAGCACAGUAAAUUCGCUAGCCUUGGUGUCUCUACAGAAAUCUUUGUAGAGAACCUAACUACAGUAUGCUAAUUAGCUAGCAUAGCACCUAAAUACUGAGUAGAUUAUUUACAGAAGUGAUAACCUCCUCUUACUAGUUAGCAAGUUAGCAGUAAUGUUUAAAGGACAGCAUUAGCAUAACGGUGUCGUAUCAGUGGACUCUCGCUAGCGUGAACACCAGGCUUCGCUUUUUUUUUCUUCUCCUGACUGAUUUCAGUGGAAGAAGUGGGAGUGUUGUGGUGAAGCUGCUACAGAACUCAGCUGUCACAUUUUUUUUCUAUCGCUUUCUCACAUUUUUUUUCUUCAUGUGUGUUUGUAAACCUGAUAGUUUGCAAACACUCGUGCUAUGGAAUGUCUGUACCUGAAUAAAAUCACGCUCAUUAUUUUUAUCUCCACUAUUUACAAACGUAUAGCAAACAAUUUUAAUAAAAAUCACCAACGCUGAGAUCUCCA